GGGAAAGAAUCUCAAGCAAACUCCCCACUGAGCAUAGAGUCCCACUCAGACUGGACCCUGAGAUAGUGACCUGAGCCGAAACCAAGACUUGGACACCUCACCAGCUGAGCCACCUGGGUGCCCCUCGAACUGGCUUUCUUGAAAGCCUAGGUGUGUCACAAAUUUAAAUUAAAUGUUGACAGGAACACGCUAGCCCCAAGUUCACACUUCCAAACCCUAAGCCUCUUUCCACCAGGCGUGAACCGGGCAGGACUCAAAGCCUGGGCCAAGAAUGGAGCUGUUUCCCAAUGGGUGGAGCCACGGUUUGUCCUUUCAAGGGUGCAGCUCACGGUCUUGCACAAAUCCCAGUCUCCCCCCCUCCCUGGUCUUUCUGGAACCCCCGUCCCCGCCCAUGGGUAACGCUCUUCCUCCUUUCUCAUCUUUCCUCGGGCUCAUGUUGCUAAGUCAAUAGAUUAGGGGAUUUGAAAGGCAAAGCUAUAGCCCUGACACUGCACACAAUUUUCUGCUUUGUCCACCUCUGUUCCACCCCGUUGCUACGGGAUCAAGAGAGAUUAGGAAGCAGGAUGGAGGCUCCUGCUAGUAAAGGGAGACAUGAGGUUUACUUAGGAGAGGAUGGGGGCUACGGGGGCUUCUCCCCCUGGAGGGCCUCACACAUCCUGUUGACCUGCAUAGAAAGGACAGGUUCACGUCACACUUGUUUCCCAGGAGAAAAGUACCCUUACCACACUUGAGGAUUUGUACUUGUCCACAAAAUGGUUUGCAAAUCAGUUCAUACUAAAACGUGGCAGGCUCGGGGCGCCCAGGGGCUCUGUCGGUGCAGUGUCUGCCUUCGGCUCAGGUCAUGAUCCCCGGGUCCUGGGAUGAGUCCCACGUCGGGCUCCCCACUCAGUGGGGAGUCUGCUUCUCCCUCUCCCUCUUCCCACCCAGCCCCACCCUCCCACCCCUGCUCGUGUUCUCCCUCUCUCUUUCUUCUUUCAAAUAAAUAAAUAAAAUCUUAAAAAAACAAAACCCAAACACCAUGGCAUUCUCUGGAUCAUCACCGUCUGGGCAGUCACGCACACAGCAGCGGCGUGCUGGCUGCCCGGGGACCGGGAAACCACAGGCUUGCUUUUGUCUAUCUGUCUUUCUCUCUCUCUCUCUUUUCUUUUCUUUUUUUUUUCUUUCUUUCUUUCUUUCUUUCUUUCUUUCUUUCUUUCUUUCUUUCUCUUUCCUUCUUUCCCUUUUCUUUUCUUUUCUUUCUUUCUUUCUUUUUUUGCCAUGACCCCCCUUCACACACGCACACACACACACACAGCACACGCAGGGUGAUGCAUGACAGUUUCCACCAUUAGCAGACGGUAAGUGCAGGGAAAAACAAGGCCCUGCAUGCCCUCUCACUCCAUGUGUGCACCGCUCCUUCCGAUUGAAAGACAAACUUGGCAGAGCCAAAGCCGUGUCGCAGACAGGGAAGUUCUCGCCCCCGAAUGCCUCGGACUCAUCUAGGGCUGCUUGCCAUCUUGGGGCAGCCCCAACCUGCAGCGACUGUCCGUAUCUCAGAGUUACCGGCCAAUGAUAUCAGAAAAGUCACUUCAGGUGAUACGAUUGGGGCCCGAAAGAGAGGCUCGGUGAAGAGGCGUUUGGGGCGAGGGAACAGGGAGGUUUCUGACUCGACCGACAUCGUCCACCAGAGCGCGGGGCUGGGUGCAGACACAGGUGAGCCCUCACUGCGGGCAUGGAUGAACUUAGAGAUGCACGCAGGAGCCCCUUCCCUCUGCCCUCCUGUCUCCCAGCCUCCAGUGGGGCAACGCAAGGGUCUAUGUUCGGAGAACUCUCUCUUCCUUUUAAGUAGCCUGUUCUGGCCCUUGGGAGCGUCUUGGUCCCUGGAACUUCAGAGUGUGGCCGGGAGGGGCCUCCGUGCCCGGCUUUGCGGAGCUAAUCCCACCUGGGUGUCCGAGAGCCCUUCUCCUGCAAACCCAGCUCCCUUUCUGUCAGGUCGGGAAACACUUUAUCAUUUACCCUCAAUGCACCUUUGCGCUGUCUUUCCCGGGGGUCAGCUUCUCUGCGGGAUCUCUCCCCCCGACGCCUGUCGGCUUUAUAAGUCACAGCUUAAAAACAGGUGGGUUUUUUGUUUUGUUUUUGUUUUGUUUACCCUGUGUAAAUUAUUUGGAUUUCAACAGAGACUACCUUCUUUUUUCAGAUUGUCUAGUGAAUUUUUAAAUUUAAAAAUCAUGGAUUUGGGGUUUUGUUUUUCAUCCCAGAAUUUUUUAAAAAGUUGUUUAAAGUUGUUUACAGCUGUUCUAAUUAAACCUCCUGAGAAGGAUUCGUGUUUCCCUGGAGUUCGAGAUCCCAUCAGCCCCUCCCUCCCUCGACGGCAGUGGGUGGCACUGGCGGUUCAACCGGACCUUCCUCCCUGGCUUGUGCAAUCCUUCUUCUGAACGAGCCACUCUCCUUUGGCUUGCUUGGAGCUCUGUAUUUUCUCAGCAACCAGGCCAGAUGUCGAGGAUCUGAGAAGUGAGCCCCCAUGCCCUCCUCACUUACAGCUCAGAUUGGAUUAUUUUAAGCAAGUCCCGGGCACCACUGUUCAUAUGAACUGCGACGACUUCAGUGUGUUUUACUAACAGAUUGGUGCAGCCAAGAACACAGGGCCCCUCUCCCCUCAGCUCCGUGUCAGAGGGUUUCUUCCAGGGAGGAACGGGACAUCAGCAUCCUGCACCAGCCCCCUGCUGCUGAGGCUAAGUUCUGGGAGCUGACUUUCUUUGCAAAGAGGGCGGAGAAGCUCAAGCCCAACGGUGCUCUCAGAAACAGUACAGGUUGUGUGAAAGGGAACUAACUGGGAGAAGAUUGGUAGAUUGAUGAAGGUACCCGUUCAGGUGUAAGCUGGCUGGUUUGCAG